AUGCCUGAAAACUCCGGCUUUCACCCAAACAAGCGUCGAUUUGUAUCGACCCCUGCCAGAAACGGUGAAAGAAUAUGUUCCAGGUUGGUAGGCAGACGCACCGGAACGCAGCGUCGACACAUAGCCUCCCUGCAUAGAUCUAGAGCAACUCUUCAGGACGACUUGGUACUGCUAACUCUGUCAAGUCUUAACAUGGAGGACAAAACACAAGGAGAAAUGCCUGAAUACAUCCUACCAGAUACAGAAGAUAGUAUGGAGAUCUGCGACCCUGAACCCUCACCAAACACUCCUGCAACCUCAAGUCCCGUCGCAGCAAAGCGCUCUCCGCUGUUCUUAUUUCAUAAAAAAAUCAGAGAAUUCUUCGGAGAGCGAGCGAAAACAAAGCAGAAGAAUGGGACUAGGCCUGAGGAAACAGAUAUGGCUAUCCCCAUGGAUACUACUUGA